AUGAGAUUCUUCAUCGUCGCCCUCUUCUUCUGUUUCAUCUCGAACAUCUUCGCAUGGCAUUACGGAGAUCAAAUCGCUUUGGAUGAUGAUGAAUACAGCCCAGAAGCUGUGGCCAAUCGUCAGCAAAUUGCCAAGGAGUACUUGAUCCGUGAGAAGUUCCGUACCAGAAUCCGUGAAGCGAUUGCUAAAGAAGAACUUGAGCACAAGUAUCAACGUGAGAAGAUUCGCAAGGCAAUGGAGGAAUUCAAUGAUAUGUGA